AUGGCGUACAAUCGACUUGGCAGUCCUCAACGGGACGGCCCUUACUCUCCUCCCGCUAAUCCUCAAUACGAUUCCAGAUCACCGUCUCCUGGUCGACCUCUGCAACCUUAUACACAUCCAGAGGAAUCCUACACACGACAGGCUCUUCACCUCCAGAUGCCCACAGCCUCUAGUGAUCGCCUCGCCAUGCAGCCCACGUACUCGGUCGAAAAUAUUCACAACUCACAUGGACACAACCAACAAUAUGAACAACAACCAUCCGCCGGAGGGGAUAUGAGCUAUGGGAGAAGUGACUAUAUUGUGUCACCAGAGGAACAUCACGAUGGCUACUACACUCAGCCAUACUCUCCUCAUCCUCAGGGUGACUACGCGCUUGAUCCAUAUCCCACUCCGAGCGAAACAUAUCGAAAUGACAAUGACAAUGUUCCGAUCCUUCAACCUGACUCUGCUUAUGGGCCGGAUCCACACUCACAACCAGGCAUGGGAUAUGACGGUUAUCAUGACGAAGAGCUACGGCCUACGCCAUCUCCAGCGCCGAUUAGGAGGUGGAAGACGGUCAAGGAAGUGCAAUUGUUCAAUGGCAAUCUCGUGCUUGACUGCCCUAUCCCCCCCAAGCUCUUGGCCAAUGUUCCACAUGCGAAACCUCCCGAGAGAGAUGAGUUUACGCAUAUGAGAUACUCCGCUGCGACUUGCGACCCCUCAGAAUUUUACAACGAAAGAUUCACGCUCCGACAACGGCUCUUCGCGAAGCCCCGGCAAACAGAGCUGUUCAUUGUCGUGACCAUGUACAACGAAGAUGAAUUUUUAUUUGCGCGGACCAUGAUUGGUAUCUUCAAAAACAUUGAAUACAUGUGUAAUAGAAACACCAGCAAAACCUGGGGAAAAGAAGCCUGGAAGAAAAUUGUGGUUUGUGUUGUGAGUGAUGGCCGUGCGAAAAUCAACCCUCGAACCCGGGCGGUUCUGGCUGGUCUGGGCGUCUAUCAAGAUGGGAUUGCCAAACAACAAGUCAAUGGUAAAGACGUCACAGCUCACAUCUACGAGUACACUACGCAGGUUGGUCUGGAGCUUAAGGGCACCCAAGUGUCUCUGAAGCCGCGAUCUGCGACACCCGUUCAAAUGCUGUUUUGUUUGAAAGAGAAGAAUCAAAAGAAGAUCAACUCUCAUCGAUGGUUCUUCCAAGCAUUUGGCCGUGUCUUGGAUCCUAAUAUUUGUGUGCUCAUCGAUGCUGGAACCAAGCCCGGAAAGGACUCAAUCUACCAACUCUGGAAAGCCUUUGAUCUGGAACCUAUGUGUGGUGGUGCUUGCGGCGAAAUCAAGGUCAUGUUGGAGCACGGCAAGAAGCUUCUCAACCCCCUCGUCGCCACGCAAAACUUCGAAUACAAGAUGUCGAAUAUCUUGGACAAACCGCUCGAAUCCGCAUUCGGUUUCAUUUCCGUGCUCCCCGGCGCAUUUUCCGCCUAUCGGUACGUUGCCUUGCAAAAUGACAAGAAUGGCGAAGGUCCGCUGGAGAAAUAUUUCAAAGGCGAGACGAUGCACGCUGAUGCGGGCGUGUUUACGGCGAACAUGUAUCUGGCCGAAGAUCGUAUACUUUGUUUCGAACUUGUCAGCAAACGCAAUUGUCGCUGGAUCCUGCAAUAUGUGAAAUCCGCCACCGGUGAAACGGAUGUACCGGACCGGAUCCCAGAAUUUGUUCUUCAACGACGACGGUGGCUCAACGGUUCUUUCUUUGCCGCCGUCUACGCGGUGGCGCACGUGUACCAGCUGUGGCGAAGUGAUCACAGUGCCAUUCGAAAGUUCAUGUUCCUGAUUGAAUUCACCUACCAGACAAUCAACAUGCUCUUCGCUUGGUUUGCAAUUGGCAACUUUUUCCUCGUUUUCAGGCUCUUGACAGCCUCAUUGGGAACCCCUGGCCCUCUCGGGUCAGCCGGCACAGUUCUCGGUGUGAUCUUCGAGUUCAUCUACCUGGGUACACUUCUUUAUUGUUUCAUCCUAUCCAUGGGCAACAGACCUCAAGGGUCAAAGAAGUCUUACCUGAUGAUGGUCAUUUUCUGGUCGGUCCUCAUGGUGUGGUUGACCUUUGCCUCGAUUUUCUUAACGGUCCGGUCGAUCGAAGCCGAAGUCAACGAGAAGGACUUUAGUUUCUCAACAAUCUUCAACAACAGCACCUUCUUUGGCCUGAUCGUCUCCCUUGCCAGCACCUAUGUUCUCUGGUUUGUGGCCAGCUUUUUGUUUUUCGACCCAUGGCAUAUGUUCACUUGCUUCCUUCAAUAUCUCGUCCUUACCCCAACCUAUAUCAAUGUUCUCAACAUCUACGCCUUUUGUAAUACCCACGACAUUACUUGGGGAACCAAAGGGGAUGACAAGGCCGAGAAAUUGCCCAGCGCCAAUGUCAAACCAGGUGGAAUGGUCGACGUGAUGAUUCCUCAAGAUGACGGCGACUUGAACGCACAAUAUGAUGCGGAGUUGAACAAAUUCGCCACCAAAGCUGUGAAAGAGGUGAAGCCACCCAAUCCAGCGGACAAGCAAGAGGACUACUACAAAUCUUUCCGAAGCAACGUCGUCACAGCUUGGAUGGUCACCAAUUUCAUCCUGGUAGCGGCGGUGCUGAACGUGGCAGGAUUUGAUAGAAUCAACGUCGACGACACCGAGCAGCAAAAUUCGACGGUGUAUUUAGCCGUCAUUCUGUGGUCGGUGGCAGGCUUGUCUUUGUUUCGAUUCUGUGGUGCGUGUUGGUUUCUGAUUGUCAGAAUGGUAAGUGCUUCUCGAGUUCCCCGGAAUCCCCGACGCUGA